GUUUUUGCACAAUUGCUCCCUCAAACCGCACAUGACUGCUGGCAACUGAUGAGAAGAGACCACGAACUUGAGUGAGUUGCAGAGAGGAUCUUGCAGCUAAUCAUGUUGUCCAAAGCGGGCAUUGAGGUGGCUGACACAACAACCUUGACUAAAGGAGACAUACGGAAGAAGGUUUGGACAUUUAUUGAAGAAAAUGACCUGGCUAAUUUCCCACGUCCAGUAAGCAACCGCAUCCCUAAUUUCAAGGGUGCAGGUGAAGCUGGUCAACGGGUAUCUAGCUUACAGUGCUUUACCUCUGCUCAGACUGUUAAGGUGAAUCCAGACAAACCUCAAGAGGAAGUGCGUUUCCUUACUCUUGAUGCUGGUAAAGUUUUGCUGGUACCGACCCCACGUCUUCGCAGUGGUCUCUUUAAUCGCAUGGAUGGGCAUACUCAAGAAAAUAAAGAAACCCUAAGGGUCAUGGCUCAAACAGAAGGGAUAAAGAAAUAUGCAAAACCUGUUGGUUUAGAUUCUAAAGUUAAAGUAGAUCUGAUUGUAAUCGGAUCUGUUGCUGUGUCACGUACAGGACGAAGGAUUGGCAAAGGCGAAGGGUUUGGUGAUCUAGAAUAUGCUAUGAUGAAAUCCAUGAAAGCUGUUGAUGAUUCUACUCCUGUCGUUUUUUGUACUCUUGGGGAUUGCAAGGUAUUUGAAGAUCUUCCAGAACGACUAUUUGGUCCACAUGAUGUACCAGUGGAUAUUAUUGUUACACCCACUGAAGUGUUUAAUGUAAGCCAUCGGCUAUCAAAACCUGAAGGCAUUUAUUGGCAUUUACUUACUCCUGAGAAGUUCAAACAGGUUCCCAUUUUGAGGGUACUUAGAGAUCAAGAACAAGAAGCUGGAAAAGAAGUUACCCUAGCUGAUGGGGUAGACCUUCCUUCUCCUGAAGAACUUAGAGCCAGUGGUCGAGGACGGGGUGGUGGGCGAGGUGCAAGGCGUGGUGCAAGGGGAGCUGGGCGAGGAAGAGGAACUGGUCGAGGAAAGGCCAGAACCUUUUCAGAUGGUGAUGAUACGAAAGCUCAAAAGAACAUUCAGGUUACCAUUAAUGUCAGUAAGAAGAAUAAGAUAGUAAAAAGGACAGUAGAGACUACUACACAGCCAGAUCGUUUAGGAUCAGCUGAUCUAGAUGAUGACGAUUUUGAAGGAGGUGGUGAUAAGCCACAGCGUCCAAGAAAACCUAAAGUUCCAAUUACAUAUGCUGUCUUCUUAGGCAAGGUUCCUCCAGCUUGUAGGGUUCGUGAGCUUAAAGAUUCAUUACAAGACCGAGAUGUGAAGCCUGUGGACAUUAAUUGGCGUGGCCGCAAUGGAUUUGCAUUUCUUAGGUUCACUGGCCCCACAGAAGAUUGUGAUGAAGUUUUGAACAAGCUGAAUGGGUUAACACUUCAAGAUCAACAGAUUAUAGUAGAGAAAGCAAAGGACAAGGCCAUGGUAAAGGAUAGCUAUGAAAAUGGGCUGUAUGAUAAUGAAGUGGAAGAAAAGGGUCCUCGACGGUCUCAGGCACCCAAGAAGCCACGUCUUCCUAUCACAUAUGCUAUAUUUCUUGGAAAGGUUCCAUCUACUUGCAGAGUGCGAGAAUUGAAAGAUGCUCUUCAAGAUCGUGAAGUUCAACCUGCUGAUAUUACAUGGCGAGGACGAAGCGGUUUUGCCUUUUUACGUUUUACUGGUCCAGUUGAAGGCUGUGAUGAUGUUUUAUCAAAACUGAAGGGCUUGUUGCUCCAAGAUCAGCCUGUUGUUGUAGAGCGAGCCAAGGACAAAAAUGUAGGUAUGGAUGAUGAUGAUGAAAACCUUGAAAUGCCAUGAAAUCAGUGGAAUGGUCUCUAGAAAGGAUUUUGUAAUCAAAACCUGUUCUAGAAAUAUGCAGUUCAUCUCAACCCAACCAUGAACACUUUUGAAUAUUUCAGUAUGUCUUCAUUACUUUGUGUUAGUUAUACAGGUACUAUGUUGUAUAUGGUAAGGACCAUAAUCAAUAACAUUGUGAUAGGAAACUUAAGACUGGAGAGGCGUUAAAAUGUCACCAGUAAUGUAGGUCAAUUUUAGUCAGGAAUUGUGUAAUAUAGAUUGAUUUAGAUAUUACUCAUAGAGCAUCAUUAUAACAAGCUUCUUUAAAUUCUCGUCAAGAAUUUUUCUAACUGUAGAAAAUAUUGUAAAAUAUGUGUUAUUUUUAAGUUAUGAGACAAUGAUGUAACUUAUUGUAGUUAGUUAUUUAUAUAGGCAGUAACUUCAAGUAGUCUGAAUAUUUUAUUCAAGCUUUAAUAUUUUUUUAUGUUUUUUAUUAGGUUGCAGUGAAAGUCAGAAAAUAUGAAGUCUCGCAUUUUAAUAUUCAGGUUACAAAACUUAUAAGCAGUUGAUGUUAUAGCUCAAUGCACAAGAAGUUAAUUGACAUCUAGUGCUUACAGGUUUACAAAUUUUUAUAGCUGCAUUAUUAAGAGAUUUUUAAUUCUUUAAAAUACAAUUACUAAAGUACAGGAAAUAUAUUUCUGUGGCCUUGCAGUAAAGCAACUACAGAUUAUGAAAGCUGAUGAAAAGGUAAUCAGUUGGUAUUCAUUGUAGUGAUGCAUAAGAGAAUUGUGAAAACAAGUUUGUCUUUUCAGAAAAGAAUUGUGCACUUUUUACUAUUGCCCUAAUUCAUUGGCAAUAUUACCAAGGUGGUGAAUUGCCCUUUCAGGAUAUUACAUGCCUAAUGUUUAUAUUUGACCGCAUCUUUUUACAGUAACUAAUGUUUUUAUUGGAAUCUUUCUGUGGCAUGGUUUUUAAGUGUGCUACUUGGAAAAGGUCUGACAAAAAAAUUAUCCAUAUUUUUUGGAUAUAACCAAACUUUUUUUUGUGUGCAGUGUGGGUGUGAAAUUCAGUACAAUCUUUAAUACACUUCUUAUAACACAAUACAUGUAUAACAAAAGAAAUAAAGAUGAUAAAGCAGAUAUUAACAGAUAGAUAUUUUUUAUUGAAAAUAUAGUUGUAGCUGUCUACAGUUGUUGUUAAUUAAUAGAAAGGUGAUACAAUCCAGUGCCUGAUUCAUUUUAUAAAAUGUAGUGUAAAUGUUUUCUCUUCAGAUCAAGGUAGCUUUAAUGUGUAAUUACAAUAUAUUAUGAUUUUAGGUUUUCAUAAGUUAUCAACAAAUGUUUAGUUUUAUAUUAAGCUUCCAAUAUGUCUAGAUACUGCCAUGCUGCUCGUAAUUCCAGUUACAAGUAGAAUGAGUAUGAUGCUAAAUAUUUUGAUUUUAUAUCCUGGUAGAUGAACAUUUUCUUUUUGCAUCACAAGCACUGUAUGGAUAAAUUUAGUAUGAUUUUGAUUAUGAAUAAACGAAGUUGGUGAUAAAACGCAGUGCCUAAUUAUCUUGUACGUAGUAUAUUUUACCAUUUCGGUAUGUGUUUUAAUAUAUUUUCUGUAAAAUGAAAUGUCCAAAGAUCACUGUUUAGUUUUCUUGAUGUUUUUUCUAUUUGAAAAUUUAAGGGAAGUUUUUUGCUAAACGUACCAAUCACAUUUAUGUAUGUCUGAGAAACUUGGAGAGGUUUUGGUAUUUUUUAACUUAGCUUGGAUGCCUUUUUAUUUCAGUUACUGCAAUGACAUGACAUGCUUUGAGGUAAUGACCUAGGAUAAUGUUUCUAAACAGUUGAAUUCAAGGGAUUUAAAUACUUAGCUGUUACACCUUACAAAGUUUAUAUUAUAUUCACAAUGCCUUUGCUCUGUUGUAAUCCAAGUUGAAUCCUUACAAAAUGUUAAUGAUGCAGUUGAAUGAUAUAAUGGUUUAUUUACACAAAACUUGUGUCACAUUACUUUUUACACUGGGAUUUCAAAGAUAAUAAUGUAGGAUUCAAAGAUUGCUCAAUAUUAUUCUCCACUUAAUAUAUUGUAUAGUGUAAAAUAACUCUUACUAGAUUCCGUACUCCAGAAUUGUAAUCACAGUCUUUCAUAAGUUAUAGGUAUGAUCAUUAAAUGUUACAAGUUACAUUUGCCUAUAAUUUAUUUUCUUUUGAGGGGGCUGCUGGAGCAUGUUCAUAAGUGUGUAUGAAAAAAUUUAUUUUUCCUUUAGUUGCCCCCCACCCCAUUUCGGAUUGCCUAGUCAAGUUCUUUAUAUAUAAAUACAAUUUUAAAAUACUCACAUGUUCAUGAUUUUUACUUGCUGUGUUAAAUGCUAAGACCUCUUCAUUGUUUUAGGGAUUUGGAUCUACUCUAGUCUUAAGUCAAAGCUUGAGUGAUUUGUUGGUUGUGGUGAUUCUUGUUAAAGAGGAGCCUUUAGUUGCUUGCUUGCUUUGUUGUUAAGGUAUGCUGCUGUACUAUCUUUACUUAGAUAUUGUUUUAGUUUCCAAGCCUCAUUCCAGGAGGUUUAUGAAAUAUAAUUUUUAAUUGAAUUUUAAAUUCAUGCAAGUUUUUUCCCUCACAAAAGCAGAAGUUUCAGGUUUGCAUGAAAGAAGUGUAAAUUUGGUAUAGUUUUAUCCACAUGGCUUCUCAUUCUGUACUGUAGUUUGCACAUUUUAAUUAGUUUGGAGGUGAGAAGCACAAUGCUAAAUUGUUUUUUAUUAUAGCCAUUUCACCUCUUUCAUUGAUAAUGUAAGGCUUUUGACUUUUGCUACCACAUCUUAAAAAGUGGGAAUUAUUUUUAAGUCCUCUGUGCAUUUAGCGUUGUCGUGAAUUAUAACUUAAAAUUGUCUAUUAAGGUGAAACUACAAGAGGAAUUGUGACUAAAAGCUCCUCAAAAUAGUGUGUGUUUGAUGGUUAUAUGACAGAUUUCCCAGAGUGCUGAUUUUAUAUAACUUGAAAGUUACAAUUACUUUUUGAUUUGAGUUUAAAAAUUUCAAGCUGACAAACUUGAGAGCAUUCAGUUAAGGUUAAGUUGGCAUUGUUUCUUGGGAAUGAAUAAUGCAGUUGCGCCAAAUUUAUGAGCAAAUCUGUUAAUGGCAUUAAAUAGUCAAGCUUUCAUUCCUAUAAUAAUAAAUGCUAUUCAUAAUUUUAAUGCUUUUAAUCAGUCUCUUGAGAGAAUAUUGGUAGAUUUUACUCCUAAUAAUUGUUAAUUUGUAGCUUGUGUGAAAGCUCGUUCUUUCACCAAGUAAACCAUUUGAUAAAUAUUUUUGUGAAUGUCACCAUCCAAAUAGUACCAUAGUACUGCAGACUACCACAGUUCCUUAGAUUUCCUAAAUUUGUCAAUUGCUUUAUCUUCAUUUCCAGUCUUGGGACUGUACCUUAAAAAUUCCCUGUAAAGCUGAAAAUUUUUUAUCAGUCUCUGCUGUUAAGUUUAGUGAAAUCGCCUAAUAAACCAAUGGACUUGCCUAAAUAACAGAUAUACAAUGAGCAGCUUAGACUUGCAUAAUAUGAUUUUACACAUAUGCUGAGUCUCUUCAUAUUGUACUUAAGUUUUUUGCUGGCUAGGACCCUUGCGGUAGCAAAAGGAAGCUUAAGCUUUUGCUUUUCAUGCAAAUUUUUGUAAUUUAUCACAUUAGCCACUACUUUUACAUGGUAAAAAACUUAUUGUUUAUAUAGUUUCUUUGUAUUUGAAUUCAGUUAAUUAGAAAGUUUACAACUUUCCCACUUUAAUCUUUUUUAAUUUAUAUACUGUAUUUGCCAGCGCAUAAGAUGUAUCCUUGCAUAAGAUGCCUAUUUUACAAGGAUGUUUUGUAGAAAAAAAAAACAAUUUUAGUAUGUUUCAUCAUACAUUAAUUGAAUGAUAUUUUAAAGUGGUUUGUAGAGAAAAAUGAUGAAUCUGUGCAUGAAAUACAAUAUUAUGAGAGUAUACUGGAGUAAAGUAUGGACUUUGUAUGAAAUUUACCAUAAAUAAACAACAGGCGGCGCUCUGAUUUUGUUUACCUCUACUCAUUGCAAAUGGCUGAUAGGCUAACUGCCGACGUAUCUUGAGCAAUUUUUUUGUAACUUUGUGAUAAUAGAGAGAUAAUUAGGCUUGUUUUUUUUUAAUAUUUUAUUAUUAACAAUUUUUGUGCCUACCCAGUAUGCUUGUUGUAUGAAAGGCCUAGCCUAGCCUUGGCGCUUGGUCUCCCAUUCGUAAUAUGGCCUCAUUGGACGCAGGUCAGUAUUUUUUAUACAUUUAACAUUUAAAGUGUCUAAUACGCAGGCAAAUACGGUACUUAAAUAAUAGCUCAUUUAAAAAACACCUGUGAACAUGAAUAAAAUUUGAGAACUUUAGGAAGGGGCUUUAUGUGCAUUUAUAGUUUUUAUGAUUUUUAUUUAGUUGGCAAACUGUAAAAACAACUUGUUUUUCCUUCUUCUAUAAAAACAACUUGUUUUUCCUUCUUCCUAAGUAUACAUAAAUACAGCAAUCAUUUAUUUACCAUAUAAUUUCUCUCCUUUCCUUAUAGUUAUGAACGUUCUUGAAAUUUAGUAAACGGUUUUGAGUAUCUUCCCCAUUUUAUUUGUCCAAAGGAAGCAUAAUUUUGGUUGUAAGCUCAGUACUAAAUAUAGUUGCUUUCCUUUUCAUGUUCAAAAACAGAUCAUGUGGUGUUCAUUUGUUCUCAUUUAUAUGCUUAAAUCAAAUGUCAUUAUUACAGUACUAUGCUAGGGUCCUCCUAAAUUCUAACAUUAUCAUCAGAUUAUUCUUAAAAGCUACUUUUCUUGCUUAAUUCCAUCCACAUAAAUUUGCACCAAAACCAAAGGGGUUAUUGUACAAUCUGAAAACUGGUGCUAUUGCUGCUAAGAGUUAUUCUGUAUUUUGUAUGAAUAAACUUGAUGGUAAAAGAGAUAAA